UUCUCAAAUAAUUCUCAAAACAACUCAAAAAAAAACACAUAAAAGAGAGAAAUAUGGAUAAAGCUAUAAAGGUUGUGGCUUUGGCAUUGGUGUUGAUGGUUGUGAUUGGUUUUGGUGAAGCUCAAACCAUUUGCAACAUGACAUAUGCUGGUUUGUAUGCAUGUAGACCGUCAGUGACGCCUCCGAAUCCGACACCGCCGACCGCUCGAUGCUGUAUGGCGCUUUCGCAUGCCGACUUGCACUGCUUUUGUGCAUACCGGAACUCAGGAGCUCUUUCUUCUCUUGGCAUUGACCCUAAUCUUGCAAUGCAGCUACCUAAGAUUUGCAAGCUUCCUAACUCUCCAAAUUGCUAGAGGAAGUGUCUUGUUAGAGUGUUUUAUGAUGUUGAACUAUGGUUGAUUUAGCAGGGAAAGAAUAAGUUAAACCUCAUAUUUAACUGUUGUAAAAGGGUGUGUAUCUUUUUCCUUUAAAGUUUGAACCAUAUUUACUAUUGGAUUAGUACAUUGGUUGUUUGUUGCAUCUCUUCUAUGUUUCAUGGUUUUGAUGCUCUAUAUUGAGUACAUGUGUUGAUAAUUUUGUGGUGGAAAAA